AAAAUAGUUAAAGAGGUAUCCUCCGUUUGGGUUUAUCGGGUCUAUUCUCUCCUCUCUCUACAUCACCAUCGAGCGGUGAUAAGUUCCGUCGACUUGCCAGCUUUUACGGCGUCGGCUUGGCUCAUGUCUAGAAUCACCCAAUAGCAACCCAAAAUCAAAAUUUUGCUUCAGCCGAUUUCUUGAAUCACCCAAUAGCAACCGAUUUUGGAGCAACACACUAGCAACUUUCUUAAAUUCACCUAAUAAGAGCCGUUGAUUUUGGAGCAAUACAGAAGUUCAGAACGCUUUCAAAUUGGGGCUGCUGCACAUCAAACACAGUAUAAAUCAAUCAUCAGUAGGUCUUCAAUGACACAAAUAAUAAAAAAAGUUGUGGAUUCGCCAGUGAACUUGCUCGAUCUUCUCUGCAACAUUUCUCAACUCAGCAAUGGAUUCUUCUAUGAAGUCUUUCAAUCCAAACAAGCAUUUGAAAGAACAAUUUGUCAGCAACCUAACUGGAUCUUCCAUGCUUGAGCUUUUCGUACUUUCGGCAAUAUUUCCUAUGCUUAUUCUGCUCCGACAUAUCAUAGGCAUCUGCACUAUAGAUCAUGUUACUGAUGAUACUCCGUCAAAUAAAAAGGAUACUACAACAGUUGCAUUAAGAAAUCGAAGAGGUUACAUCUUCACAAUGAUAGUAGAUUUUCUCUCCAUUAUUCUUCCAUUCACUCUGUUCUGUACCGUUCUAGCAGAUUGGACAUAUAUAAAUGGAGUUCUUUGUAUGGUGGUCCUGCUUUUCUUUGCUGCAUCUCAGAGACAUGGAUCUUGCUGGGAUCAGAAAGAAGGCGUUCAUUCUUUGAGUACAUACGUAUCUUCAUAUAGGGUUUCUAUGAUGCUUAUCACAUGCAUUUGUAUUUUGGCCGUUGACUUCAAAAUAUUUCCUAGAAGAUACGCUAAAACCGAGACUUACGGUACUAGUGUGAUGGAUAUGGGGGUUGGUGCAUUUGUCUUUGCAAAUUCCUUCGUUUCCCGUCAAGCUCGGGGUGUUUCAACAAUGGGUUUGAGAAGUGCACUAUCCUCUACUAGCCCGUUACUUGUUCUCGGGUUUGCUAGACUCGUUACUACAACUGGAGUUGACUAUCAGGUACACGUGGGAGAAUAUGGUGUUCACUGGAAUUUCUUCUUCACACUUGCCGGUGUAGCGGUUCUAACCUCAAUCGUUAACGUCUCUCCAAAGUAUUGUGGACUUGUAGGUUCAUUAGUACUAAUAGGGUACCAAGUUUGGCUAAUGAAUGGAUUGAACUCUUAUCUGCUUUCUGCCGAACGGGGAACCGACAUUAUUAGUCAAAACAAGGAAGGAAUCUACAGCAUAUUUGGGUAUUGGGGCCUGCAUUUGAUCGGUGUUUGGUUGGGCAACAAUGUUUUGUUUCGGAAGAACGCUAAUAUGAGAACUAACGGAACGGCAAGAAAACAAAUUUGGAUUCUAGUUAUAUUCUUCUGGUGUUUGACCUUGAUUCUGGACCGUUUCGUAGAAAGACCUUCGCGUAGAAUGUGCAACGUGACAUACAUUACAUUGAUAUUGGCUACAAACCUACAGAUGUUGGGAGUAAUAAUGCUUUCAGAUUAUAUCCCGGGUGGUAAAUUAUCACUAUUGGAACAAGCAAUCAACCGAAACUUGCUUGCAUUUUUCAUUGUGGCGAAUUUGCUGACCGGAUUGGUGAACUUAUCCGUCAAUACGCUGUUUGUGUCGCCACUUACGGCUCUGAUUAUUUUGAUUGCUUAUGGUUUUACCGUAUGUGCUGCUGCAGCGUUUGCGGAUUAUAAAGGUAUCAAGUUAAAAUUUUGGUAAAAUCAGCUUUUGUAUUACUUUUUUGGUACAUUUAAAGUUAUUUAAUAUGUCUUACCUAGUUAUAAUCCUGAUUUUUCAUUGGUUAAACAACCCUCUAAUAGUUUAUCGGUACAUUUUGGACAGCAGUUGUCAGUUGUGUUGUAACUGAACUACUUGUAUUAAUAACUUGACUUUAUAA